UAUGAUUAGCGUCAAUUAGAUCUCGUGUCAGACCGGAGACCUUGACAAAGGUCCCUAUCCUUUCAUGGCCCUUGAAGCAUCAAUGAAGGGAGGGGGUUCCAAUGGACAGUGUGUACCAGGUACUUGGGAGUUGUCUAGUAACUUGGACAGUAAAGGGGGAGGGACUAACUAGCUCAGGGCCCCAGGGACAUAUUUGCUCAGAGAUUGCUGCCUUCAGAAAGCUAGAAAAGCAGGAGGCUGAGGGCUGAAAAGGAGAGGAUGAGUAAUCCUAAUGACAUCAGGAACCCAAAGAUGGCAUGCUGCCAGGCUGUACUGUCAGUAAUGGCCAGAACUGUGCUGGGGCUCUGAACCUACAGCACAUCUUAUCCUGUCCCAUGAGAAGCUGAGCUCAAGAUCCAGCAUGCCCUUGUAAGUGGAAGUCCUACUACCUCAAGCCAUGGAGUCCUCUUUCUCAUUUGGAGUGAUCCUUGCUGUCCUGACAGUCCUCAUCAUUGCUGUUAAUGGACUAGUAGUCGUGGCUAUGCUGCUAUCAAUCUACAAAAACGAUGGGGUUGGUCUUUGCUUCACCUUGAAUCUGGCUGUGGCUGAUACCUUGAUUGGCGUGGCGAUCUCUGGUCUAGUUACAGACCAGCUCUCCAGCUCUGCUCAGUACACCCAGAAGACCAUGUGUAGCCUUCGGAUGGCAUUUGUCACUUCUUCUGCAGCGGCCUCUGUCCUCACAGUCAUGCUGAUUGCCCUUGACAGAUACCUUGCCAUUAAGCAGCCCCUCCGUUACUUCCAGAUCAUGAACGGGCUUGUGGCUGGGGCGUGCAUUGCCGGACUGUGGUUGGUAUCUUACCUUAUCGGCUUCCUCCCACUCGGAGUCUCCAUAUUCCAGCAGACCACCUACCAUGGGCCCUGCAGCUUCUUUGCCGUGUUUCACCCAAGGUUUGUGCUCACCCUCUCCUGCGCUGGCUUCUUCCCAGCUGUGCUCCUCUUUGUCUUCUUCUACUGUGACAUGCUCAAGAUUGCCUCUGUGCACAGCCAGCAGAUCCGAAAGAUGGAACAUGCAGGAGCCAUGGCUGGCGCUUACCGGCCCCCACGGCCUGUCAAUGACUUCAAGGCUAUCCGUACUGUGUCUAUUCUCAUUGGGAGCUUCACUCUGUCCUGGUCUCCUUUUCUUAUCACUGGUAUUGUGCAGGUGGCCUGCCAUAACUGCUGCCUCUACCAAGUGCUGGAAAAGUACCUGUGGCUCCUCGGAGUUGGCAACUCCCUGCUCAACCCACUCAUCUAUGCCUAUUGGCAGAGGGAGGUUCGGCAGCAGCUCUAUCACAUGGCUCUGGGAGUGAAGAAGGGCUUCACUUCAAUCCUCCUCUUUCUCUCAGCCAAGAAUGGUGGUCCAGAGAGGAACAGAGAAAGCUCCUAUCACAUCGUCACUAUCAGCCACCCAGAGCUCGAUGGCUAAGAUGGUAAGGAAGGAAAGUUUCUAAGUGUCUUUCCCAUUCUCAUUCUGGAUACCAGCUAAGAAAUAAUAUAUAACACCCCCAAAAUGAGAGAACUUGCCUCAGCAAAUUGAUCACCCAACCUUCC